AUGCGUGAGAUUGUUCACCUUCAGACCGGCCAGUGCGGUAACCAGAUUGGUGCUGCCUUCUGGCAGAACAUCUCUGGCGAGCACGGUCUCGACAGCAAUGGCGUGUACAACGGCACUUCCGAGCUCCAGCUCGAGCGCAUGAGCGUCUACUUCAACGAAGCCUCCGGCAACAAGUACGUUCCUCGCGCCGUCCUCGUCGACUUGGAGCCCGGUACCAUGGACGCCGUCCGUGCCGGUCCCUUUGGCCAGCUUUUCCGCCCCGACAACUUCGUCUUUGGCCAGUCCGGUGCCGGCAACAACUGGGCCAAGGGUCACUACACUGAGGGAGCUGAGCUCGUCGACCAGGUUCUCGAUGUCGUCCGUCGCGAGGCUGAGGGCUGCGACUGCCUCCAGGGCUUCCAGAUCACCCACUCCCUUGGUGGUGGUACCGGUGCCGGUAUGGGUACCCUCCUGAUCUCCAAGAUCCGUGAGGAGUUCCCCGACCGCAUGAUGGCCACCUUCUCCGUCGUUCCCUCUCCCAAGGUUUCCGACACCGUUGUCGAGCCCUACAACGCCACCCUCUCCGUCCACCAGCUGGUCGAGAACUCCGACGAGACCUUCUGCAUUGACAACGAGGCUCUCUACGACAUCUGCAUGCGUACCCUCAAGCUCUCCAACCCCUCCUACGGCGACUUGAACCACCUCGUUUCCGCCGUCAUGUCCGGUGUCACCACCUGCCUGCGUUUCCCCGGUCAGCUGAACUCUGACUUGCGCAAGCUCGCCGUCAACAUGGUUCCUUUCCCCCGUCUCCACUUCUUCAUGGUCGGCUUCGCUCCCCUGACCAGCCGUGGCGCCCACUCCUUCCGCGCCGUCAGCGUUCCCGAGCUCACCCAGCAGAUGUUCGACCCCAAGAACAUGAUGGCUGCCUCUGACUUCCGCAACGGUCGUUACCUGACCUGCUCUGCCAUCUUCCGUGGUAAGGUCGCCAUGAAGGAUGUUGAGGACCAGAUGCGCAACGUUCAGAACAAGAACUCGUCCUACUUCGUCGAGUGGAUUCCCAACAACGUCCAGACCGCCCUUUGCUCCAUUCCUCCCCGCGGCCUCAAGAUGUCUUCCACCUUUGUCGGUAACUCUACCGCCAUCCAGGAGCUCUUCAAGCGUGUCGGUGAGCAGUUCACUGCCAUGUUCCGUCGCAAGGCUUUCUUGCAUUGGUACACUGGUGAGGGUAUGGACGAGAUGGAGUUCACUGAGGCUGAGUCCAACAUGAACGAUCUCGUCUCCGAGUACCAGCAAUACCAGGAUGCUGGUGUUGACGAGGAGGAGGAGGAGUACGAGGAGGAGGUCCCUCUUGAGGAGGAGGUUUAA